AGAGGAGGAGACCGGCGGGCCCGGGAGGAGAGGCGAGGAGGGGAGCGGAGCUAUGCUAAACCUGGGGUACCGCUGAGGCGGGGCGGCCAGGCCGGAGGCGGGAGCUCUCCGGCUCCUGAGGCGUCAGGCGGCAUUUCGGCGCGGGGAGCGGCUCCGCAGCCACCGGGCCAAUGAACAUGUCCGUGUUGACUUUGCAGGAAUACGAAUUCGAGAAGCAGUUCAACGAGCAUGAGGCCAUCCAGUGGAUGCAGGAGAACUGGAAGAAAUCUUUUCUAUUUUCAGCACUGUACGCUGCCUUCAUAUUUGGUGGUCGGCACCUAAUGAAUAAACGAGCAAAAUUUGAACUGAGGAAACCACUAGUGCUCUGGUCCCUGAGCCUUGCUGUAUUCAGUAUAUUCGGUGCUGUUCGAACUGCUCCUUACAUGCUGUACAUUUUGAUGACCAAAGGCCUGAAGCAGUCAGUGUGUGACCAGAGUUUUUACAUUGGACCUGUCAGCAAAUUCUGGGCAUAUGCAUUUGUGCUAAGCAAAGCACCUGAACUAGGAGAUACAAUAUUCAUUAUUCUUAGGAAACAGAAGCUCAUCUUCUUACACUGGUACCAUCACAUUACUGUGUUACUUUAUUCUUGGUAUUCCUACAAGGACAUGGUGGCUGGCGGUGGCUGGUUUAUGACCAUGAACUAUGGAGUGCACGCUGUUAUGUACUCUUACUAUGCCUUGCGGGCUGCUGGCUUCAGAGUCUCACGCAAGUUUGCCAUGUUCAUCACCUUGUCCCAGAUCACCCAGAUGUUGGUCGGCUGUGUAAUCAACUACCUGGUCUUCUCCUGGAUGCAGCAUGGCCAGUGCCAUUCCCACGUGCAGAACAUCAUCUGGUCCUCUCUCAUGUACCUCAGCUACUUUGUGCUCUUCUGCCAUUUUUUCUUUGAGGCCUAUAUUGGCAAAACAACAAAAGCAAAGAAGGUUGACUAGUGGUGAGAAUGAGACAGAAGCCAUAGCUCAGGGUCAUCAAGAAAAACAAAUUCACAAGAAAAGAAAAUGGCACAAGGAAACACAUAUAUGUACGGUGCAGCUAAAACUUGGCAGCUUAGGGAAAGUUAGCUUGGUUUAACCCAGUAAGUUUAUGAUCCUAUCAUGGUGAGGACUCACUGAAAUCUACUCUAACUCAAAGGACUGCUGACGAAAGACUCCUUCCUUCUUGUACCUGCCUGCUCCAGAAAAGAAAUGAGAUAAGUGAGAAGUGAAGAAAAGCAGAAAGGAAAAAUAUUGAGGGGAAAGAAAGUACAUUAAAUAAACUGUGUUUCCCUGGGAUGGAAAAGAAUUUUAUUGUGGAAAAAAAAGUUUCUAAAUUCUGAUAGUUUUUCAGCAUUUAACUUGAACAAAACAUUUACAUUAGUGGUAGGAUUGUGAAAUAAAAAUCUUUUCUGUAACAGGUUUAUACCUUUAGCCAAAAGGAAACCCAAGAGGAUGUCACGUACACCUAUGUGGAAAGCGGUUGAACUCCAUUGUGGUCAUGAAUGGCAGCGAGAAGAUAUUGAGUGCUCUGCUCUGUCCCGUGCCAAGGGAGUAGAGCUGGGAGGCAGGCACCUCUCUGGGGUGCAGGAGGGAGUAGGACUUGUACAAGAGCCUAACAUGAAAAGAUGUGCUGUUGCAAUACAUAUCUCAGCAAGUGCAUUUUCCAAGUGCAUUUUUCAGCUAAAGGCAAGGAGUUUCUGCAGCAGGAUAAGACAUAGAGGGUUAAAUCAAGUGAUAUUUGCUAAAUUACCAGGGGCUAAUAGCAGAUGAAUGUUCAGGAAGGAGAGGGAGGCAACUCCUGAAACAUGAUUUUUAAGAAUUAUCCAUCAAUCUCAAAUUAACCCACAGCAACACGGAAUGGAAUGAGGGGAAAUGAGAAGCCACUCUAGCCAGCGAGCGACGCCUCUUCCCAUUGAUUCCCAAGCCGUGCGUCGGGUGGACCCGGGAGGCAAGGCAAGGGGAAGAAGCACGGGACCAGGCAACCCUGGGUGGCUCUGUGCCUCUGAACGCACCUGCCAGGCUGGGCAAAGAUGUGCCAAGAGCCCUCCUCUGGUCACAUGGAGAUACUACUGCAAAACGUGCCCGGAAUAAGAUUUUCUUGGGAUUGGUAUAGGAAAUUAGUCUGAGCGGAGCGAUUUUGCUGCAACAGCUUAGCUCUAAUGUCCAGAGAGAAUUGUUCUUCAUUAAACAUGUAUCUCUCUCUCUGCAGAGUCUGUACUGUAACAUCAGACUGACCACUAACGAAGAAACUCUUCUUCUCCGCAGUCAGCUACAGAAAUAAGGAGAAACAUAUUUCACUCUGAACCUUAGAGAGCUAGUUGAUAACAGCCAUAUUCUCUCAAAGACGAAUAGAUUGCAUUAUCUGUGAUAUUCCAGUCCUUACAAAGCCAAAUAAAAUGUGUAAAAGUUCCUAGUAUUUCAAAGACGCAAGUAUGUAAACUUGAUGUUAAAUGUGUUAAUGUAGUACUCUAAAUUGUAUCAGUUAGGUAGCUUAACUAAACAAUUAGAAGAACUAGAUCAACAAAAUAGGGACUGCUGUUCUGCGUAGAAUACACACACCUAUAACUACACCCAUAUACACGUUCUGUGAAUUGUCAGCAAGAAAAAAGCCCCGCGGCAGAGAAUCACAUUUCCUGGCUAUUGCAAAAGAUUGUCAUUAUCUUUCUUGUUUUAAUUUGAGAUUGUACAGUGCAAAGGGUUUGGUUUUGUUUUCUCAAUUAUGAUUUUUAGCUUUAAUUGUGCUGUCAUUCAUGAAACAGAGCUGCUUUAGUAUCUUGUUAAGAGAUGACAAGGGCUUUCGGUGUCUCAUUAUAUACAAAAGAAAAACAAAUAAAGUUACAUUCCAUGUUAUGUGAAUGGUCUUACAAAUCAAAAAGCCUCUGUAGGCCAAAAUCAUAAUUAUAACAAGCAGAAAAGAUGUUUACAUUUGUGUUAUUUAAGUUAUUGAUGUGCUGACGUUAUUUUACGGUACACAACAAGCAGCAAAAUGUGAUAACCAGUAAUGAAGCUACAAUAUUCAUUAAUAGGACUACUGUAUACAUUGAAACAAUAGGCAAAACCAAUUAAAUGUGUAAAUCAUUUUGUUCUACA